GCAAAGUCUGUAAGAAGCUAUACGGACUGAAGCAACAGCAGACGAACUAGGAGUCCCACUGCUGAUCCUCAGCUAUGGCAAGCGCCAAGCCACAGUCCAGCCCCAGCGCAGGUCAAAUUGAGAAAGAUAGCAGCAGUGCCUCACAGAACAAAGAACAGAAAGCAAAUGUUGCAGAAACCGAUGGAUGGACUUCAAGGACUUUGGAACUGGAUCCAAGUGCAGAAUAUAAAAUGACCCAUAAAAGAAGAGGCUUGGCAUUAAUUUUUAACCAUGAAGACUUCUACUGGCAAUUGAGACUUGGUUCCCGGCGUGGGACUAAUACUGACAGCAUGAACCUUAACAGAAUCCUAACAGACCUGGGGUUUGAUGUUCAGAACUAUUAUAACCUAAGAACAUUGGACAUUCUUGAAAAGAUCCAGGAAGCAUCUACAGCAGACCACAGCAACGCUGACUGCUUUCUCUGUGUUUUCCUGAGUCAUGGAGAAGAUAGGCAUAUUUACUCUUAUGAUUCCUUGAUUGAUAUUCAGGAAUUGACCAAUUCAUUCAAAGGAGACAAGUGUGAAAGCUUAGUAGGAAAGCCAAAGAUAUUUAUAUUCCAGGCAUGUCGAGGAGAGAAGCAUGAUAAUCCAGUCUUGCCUACGGAUGAAACUGACAGUGUGACCCUCACAAACAUAACUGAAGUGGAUGCUGCUUCAUUAUAUACUCUGCCUGCUGGAGCUGAUUUUAUUAUGUGCUAUUCUGUUGCAGAAGGCUACUAUUCUCACCGUGAAACUGUGAAUGGCUCUUGGUACAUACAGGACCUCUGUGAAGUGCUUAAAGCACAUGCUGCUUCUCUGGAAUUUACAGAAAUCCUGACACUUGUGAACAGGAAAGUGUCACAGCGAUCUGUUGAAUUUUGCAAUGAUCCCAAGGCAAUAGGGAAAAAACAAAUCCCAUGUUUUUCUUCUAUGCUAACUAAAAAGCUCUUCUUAAAGCCAAAGUCAAAUUGAUAUAAAAUAUUUUUUGCAUACAAAUACCACUCUUAGGGGCAGAUUUAUGAUUGUUCGACCCUUUCGGUUAAGUAAAAAGCUGCCAAACUUUUUCUUAUUUAAGGUAGACAGUUCCUGGACAAAAUACCUCAACUAAUAAGGUGUUUUCCCUGAAAAGCCUUGUGUAAGUUCUUUAACACAGGGUUUCCUUUAUGAUUGCUUGAGCCUUUUGGCUUAUAAAUCUGCCUCUUAAGGUGCCCAUACAUGCACUGAUAUUAUCUAUUCAGUGCGUGUAUGGUGGGUUGGCGAGCCAACCAAUAUUGGAAAAAGCCUUGGAUAUAGGUCACCUUGUUGAUCGGCCAGAGUGGAAAAUUUUGGAGGUGCCCGAACAUCAGGAGAUAAGGGGUAGAAUUCUAUUGUUUCUAUUUGCAUAUCUGACGAUUCAGAUCUUAACGUUAGUGGAGUGGAUGAACAAUCUUUCCUGCGACCAAUGGUCACAGGAAAGAUUGUUAUUGUAACGUGCAUGGCCACCUUAAGUCUCUGGAGGAUGGCAUAAAUAAACCACAGUUUAUGCAUUCCUGGGAAAUAGAAAUGUAUUUGUUGGAAGUUACUGGAUCAGCUGAUCAUUCCAAAUACCCUGUUCUCCUCAACUCCUCUUGUGAUUUUUCUUGAUUUCUUGCAUGUAAAAAUGACCACUUUCUCAGGUGAUUCCAUUGCUGAAUUUUCUAUAGCUUCAUGUGUUUGAGACAAAAUUGUCAUCCUGUGCCUUUUAAUACAGUGUUGACAUGAUUACUGAUAAGUGUAGUUUGCCUCAUGUAAUUAUAUACUCAGUCCCGGAUUUGUGGCAAAGCUGCUGCAUCUAAAUUAAGUCCUAAGCACUGGGGAAGUGCUCCAAACCAGACUAUAGAAGUGUGCACAUGUGCAUGUGCAUAACUGGGGGGGGGCAACAUGAACGCAUGAAGACGGGAGCAUAGAGGUGCUCGCUGUGUAAAUCCGGGUCUGCAUAUACGUUAAGCUAUCUAUUUAAUAACAGUAUAACCAAAGGUUAGUGGUAUAUUUCACACUACUGUGCAGUUUAAAGUAGAUACCUCAUUUAACAUAGCAGGAAUUGUUAUCAAUCAAGAGAAGAUGCGGUAUUUGUGACAGUGGAAAAACUAAUGUGACAGAAGAAUCUAGGUCCAUGACAGAGUUACUGACCCUACCUCACUAGGUACAACAGAGAUGCCUUUUAAAGGAACUGUUCUGUGUUAAAAUAAUACUGGCAAAAUAGGCUGUGCAAAAUGAAAAUGUUUUCAUUAUAGUUAGCUAAAAAUGUAAUCUAUAAAAGCUGGAGUGAACAGAUGUCUAACAUAAUAGCCAGACACUACUUCCUCAUUUGCAGGUCUCUAACCUGUUACCAGUCAGUAACCAAGCAGUGAUUGAGGGGGGGUUGUAUAGAUGUUCAGUUAGUUUGAUUUUGCGUCUGACCUGUGUGCUAACAAACUAAACGGUUAUGUCCCAUAACCCCCCCCCAAGUCGCUGAUUAACUAAGAGGUUAGAGAGCUGAAAGGAGGAAGUAGUGUUCUGGCUAGACAUCCUCUCACUCCAGCUUUCAUAGAUUACAUUUUUUGGAUAAGUAACUAUAUUAGAAAUAUGUUUGAUCUGUUUACCCAUUUUUUUUACACUGAACUGUUUCUUUAACAUAUCCAAAAAUACCUCCAGCGUCUCUCUCACCCUCAAAUGAAUUCCUUUCAUUAACCUAGGUCACAUUCAUUUUGCCUACCACCACAUAAUUCAGUACCGCAUUUGUCUCCAAAAUAAUUCUGUGUAUUUUGCAAUUAAUUCCCACAACUAAAAUCUUUGAGAGAAAGGCAGCCAGACAGGCGUUUCACUCUCAUCCAAGAGCUUUAUCAAAGGCUAGCUUGCCCUUAUCUGUGUAACAAAACCUGUCUUUUUUUACUUACCAUAUAAUUCUUAUAUUUUUAUUUUAAGUUAUUUUGUCAAAAUGAAUACUGUAACUGGUGUUUUAAUGGUAAAGAAGUAAACCAAUUAUCAAGGGUGAGGUGCACUUUUUGUAAUAUCUUUAUAAAAUCUAUGAAAAA